AUGGCAGGACGUGAGACAAACAGAUGUCCUUUCAUGGUGGGCUCGGAGCGUCUGGUGGACCCCGAGGACGACAUCGCUCUCUGGGUUACUGUAGAAUUCCCUGAAGCAAUGAAGUUUACCCACAGCGACGAACAGCUGAUGGAGUUUGUGGUUCAGCAGGUUCAAAACCACAACACCAGUAUUUCUACUUCCGCGCAGCAUUACCGGCGACACUUCUGUCUUUCACUACCAGUUGUUGGAUACCCUAGGGAUGAGGAACAUAUUGAUACAGUCAUGGCUCUGGCUGAGACUCUGGCACUUUGGUGGCUUGGAGAGAUCCACGCGCACAAGGUUCAUAUUGACCGGAAUGUGAUUUUCCCUUAA